AUGGCUUGGGAAGGAGGAAUUGAGCCCAAUGGCACAGAGGGCAAGAACUUCUACAUCCCCAUGUCCAACAGGACUGGGAUUGUUAGAAGUCCUUUUGAAUACCAACAGUAUUAUUUGGCAGAUCCUAUCAUGUUCAAGCUUCUAGCUGUCUACAUGUUUUUCCUGAUCUGCACUGGAACUCCCAUCAACGGUCUGACGUUGCUGGUCACAGCUCAGAACAAGAAACUCAGGCAACCUCUCAACUACAUCCUGGUCAACCUGGCUGUGGCCGGACUGAUCAUGUGCGCCUUCGGAUUCACCAUCACCAUCACCUCUGCUGUUAAUGGCUACUUCAUUCUCGGAGCCACUGCUUGCGCUGUUGAGGGAUUCAUGGCCACACUGGGAGGUGAAGUUGCUCUGUGGUCUCUGGUUGUCCUGGCCGUUGAGAGAUACAUUGUUGUCUGCAAACCCAUGGGAAGCUUCAAGUUCACUGGAACUCACGCAGGAGCUGGAGUUCUUUUCACCUGGAUCAUGGCUUUUGCAUGUGCCGCUCCACCACUGUUUGGCUGGUCCAGGUACCUCCCUGAGGGCAUGCAGUGCUCCUGUGGACCUGACUACUACACCCUGGCCCCAGGCUUCAACAAUGAAUCAUAUGUCAUGUACAUGUUUGCCGUCCACUUCUUCUUACCUGUCUUCGUCAUCUUCUUCACUUAUGGAAGCCUUGUCAUGACAGUCAAAGCUGCUGCAGCCCAGCAGCAGGAGUCAGAGUCCACCCAGAAGGCUGAGAGGGAAGUGACACGUAUGUGUAUCCUGAUGGUCUGUGGCUUCCUGGUAGCUUGGGUGCCAUAUGCCUCUUUUGCCGGCUGGAUCUUCCUGAACAAGGGAGCUGCCUUCUCUGCCCUGACUGCAGCCGUCCCUGCCUUCUUUGCAAAGAGCUCAGCACUGUACAACCCAGUUAUCUAUGUGCUGAUGAACAAACAGUUCCGUAACUGCAUGCUGACCACUGUUGGAAUGGGCGGCAUGGUGGAGGAUGAGACCUCAGUUUCCACAAGCAAGACAGAGGUGUCCUCUGUGUCUUAA